AUGCAACCGGCAAUCCACCCUCCUCGAGCUCAAGAGCUUCUUGCUCCGUUGCUGGGAGCCUUACCAGCGGCGGCUAUCUCGAAAGACCCGCCGACCGCAUUGCUUCCUCUGCUCUCACCGAUCUUGCGACAGCGAGUACAAUUACUGUCGGCCUCGAGCUCAGAACCAUGGCUUUCGCUUCUUUGCUAUGACCACUCCAAGACCCCGAACUUAGAACAGGCGAUUAAGACAGAGGCGCUGGAACCGCAUCCUGUCUCUGGAGAAGUGGAGGUUGAUUGGGAAUACGAUGUGCAGGUCAAAUAUAAGCGGAUAGACGAAGAAACUUUGCAGGCCAUGGUCUCGCUAAUACCUUUUGGCAUAGACGUCAAGCUGGUAUGGUGUGUUAAUGAUGAGCUUGGAGGUGGUGAUGGGUGGAGGAUCGGAGAAGUCACCGUCCCAGACAGCACUGGAACAUGGGGACACACAAGUAUAGCACUGGCGCAGGACGAAUUCGAUUCCCGGAAUAUCAGCACGUCUACCGCUGGAAACAGUACAAAUGGAGGCGGUCUGCUGACGCCAGCUGCGGAUGAUGGAGACGAUGACGACUAUUGGGCACAAUACGAUCGCACUCCCUCACGAACACCAGCGAAACACUCUCCCGCCCCUCCCUCUAUGGAAAACGCAAGAGCUCCUACCGAUGAUGAGGAUUACUAUGCUCAGUAUGGAGCUGUACAGCCUGCAAUGGACAAUCACGAUCCAGAUGAAGCGCAUCAGAAUGGCAAUGUAGAAACUACACUUGGUGGGGAUGAAGUUAUGAGCGGAAUGCAGAACCACCUUACGUCGCCGCCAGAACCAGCAAUUGGCUCGCCUCAUUCCGAGGCUAUUCUCCAUCCCAGGCCCUCAUCGAGUACGGGCAGCAGCGGGAGUGACAUGGUAGCUAGACUAGAGAGGCAAGCGGCUCACCCCCGCCCGGAACAGAGUGAGACGGCGAUUAAGCAACAUAUUAGCACGAGUAUGAAGAGUCUAUAUCGGCUAGCAAAAGUUGGUGGCAUUGACAGGGAGGAAUUUGAAAGAUUAAUCUCUACGGAACUAGAGUGCUUGAGUCUGAUGGAUGAGGAUGACUAA